GAGGUGACGUUCAAGAAUACGAUUGGAGGGCGGCUUCCGUAUAUAUUACUCAGGGUUCGGUCCCACCUUCUCGCCAGUGGAGUUUCAUCACAGCUUCUGCACCAUACAGGGCAGACGAGAACAUAAACACAAGCAAAAGCUGGCAGGCUGACACCAACAGGCAGCUUUACAGGACGGAUUAUCUGGUAACUGACCAUUUAGCUGUGGCACACUCGCACUCCGUGUAAACGUGGGAUUUCGACCAUGAGUUCAGUCGCUGUACUUACGCAGGAAAGCUUUAACGAGCACCGUAAUGGGCUGCUGCCUGAGCAGGGUGGUGACUCUGAGCCUCUUCCUGAUUGUGUGUUGGCUUCUCCUGCCCCUCGCCCAGCGGCAGGGCCCAGUGGUGCAGGGGAUGAGGAGGCCCUUCCCACCUACAAGGAUGCCUUCCCCCCGCUGCCUGAGAAGGCUUCCUCACCUGAGGGGACUCAACAACCAGCCAAUGCCUGGACCUCCAACAUCCGUCCUCUCAAGUCUUCUGUCAUCACCCAGGUUUUCCAUGUUCCUCUGGAGGAGCGCAAGUACAAGGACAUCAACCAGUUUGGGGAAGGAGAUCAGGCCAAGGUCUGUGUGGACAUCAUGCACAAGACUGGCGCGCACCUGGAGCUCUCCAUGGCUAAAGACCAAGGCCUCUCCAUUAUGGUGUCUGGGAAACUGGACGCUGUGAUGAAGGCCCGCAAGGAGAUCGUGUCCCGACUGCAGACUCAGGCUUCAGCUACUGUGGGCAUCCCCAAAGAGCACCAUCGCUUUGUCAUCGGCAAGAACGGGGAGAAGCUGCAGGAACUGGAGCUGAAGACUGCCACCAAGAUCCAGAUCCCACGCCCCGACGACCCCAGCAACCAGAUCAAGAUCUCUGGCACCAAGGAGGGCCUGGAGAAGGCCAAGCACGAGAUCCUGCUCAUCUCUGCCGAGCAGGAUAAGCGUGCUGUGGAGAGGGUGAAUGUUGACAAGGUGUACCAUCCCUUCAUCACCGGGGCUCACAACAAGCUGGUGGGGGACAUGUCGCAGGAGACAGGCGCCCGAAUCAACGUCCCUCCACCCAGUGUCAACAAGACGGAGAUCGUCAUCACUGGGGAGAAGGAGCAGGUUGCUCUGGCUGUGGCUUUGAUCAAGAAGAUUUAUGAGGAGAAGAAAAAGAACACCACCACCAUUGCAGUGGAGGUGAAGAAAUCUCAGCACAAGUAUGUGAUCGGCCACAGGGGAAACACCCUGCAGGACAUCCUGGAGCGUACCGGCGUGUCGGUCGAGAUCCCACCCUCCGACAGCAGCUCAGAGACCGUCAUCUUGCGCGGGGAGCCGGACCGGCUGGGCCAGGCGCUCACCGAGGUUUAUGCCAAGGCAAACAGCUACACGGUGUCAUCAGUCUCGGCUCCUUCCUGGCUUCACCGCUUCAUCAUCGGCAAAAAGGGGCAGAAUCUGGCCAAGAUCACGGCUCAGAUGCCCAAGGUGCAUAUUGAGUUUACCGAGGGGGAGGAUAAAAUUACCCUGGAGGGUCCCACCAAAGAUAUGCAAAUGGUGCAGAGCCAGAUUGAAGCUAUUGUCACAGACUUGGUGAGCCGCAUGGAUUAUACCGAGAUCAGCGUGGAUCCCAAAUUUCACAGACAUCUCAUUGGCAAAGGCGGUGCUAACAUAAACCGCAUCAAGGACAGCCACAAGGUGUCUGUCCGUAUCCCCCCUGAUAACGAGAAGAGCAACCUGAUCCGCAUAGAGGGGGAUCCCCAGGGGGUCCAGGAGGCCAAGGAGGAGCUGCUGAAGCUGGCGUCGCGCAUGGAGAAUGAGCGUACAAAGGACCUGAUCAUUGAACAGCGUUUUCACAGAGCCAUCAUCGGCCAGAAGGGGGAGAAUAUUAAGGAAGUGCGGGACAAGUUCCCUGAGGUCAUCAUCAACUUCCCCGACCCUGCAAAUAAGAGUGACAUCGUUCAGCUUCGCGGGCCGCACACCGAGGUGGAGAAAUGCUCCAAAUUCAUGCAGAAGAUGGUGGCUGAAAUGGUGGAGAACAGUUUUUCUGUGUCAGUUCCCAUCUUCAAGCAAUUCCACAAGAACAUCAUUGGAAAAGGAGGAGCAAAUAUUAAGAAGAUUCGUGAGGAAACUAACACCAAGAUCGACCUGCCCGCUGAGAACAGUAACUCAGAGAUGAUUGUCAUCACAGGCAAGAAGGCCAACUGUGAGGCAGCGCGGGCACGUGUUCUGGCUAUUCAGAAGGAGCUGGCAAACAUCACAGAGCUGGAGGUCUCCAUCCCCUCCAAGCUGCACAAUUCCCUGAUCGGCUCCAAGGGCCGCCUGGUGCGCUCCAUCAUGGAGGAGUGUGGAGGGGUGCACAUCCACUUCCCUACCGAGGGCUCUGGCAUCGACACGGUCACCAUCCGGGGGCCUGCAGAGGAGGUGGAGAGGGCUCGUCAGCAGCUGCUCGCCCACGCGGAGGAGAAGCAAACUAAGAAUCACACAGCAGAGCUGCGUGCCAAGCCGGAGUACCACAAGUUCCUGAUUGGGAAAGGAGGCGUGAACAUCCGCAAGGUGCGCGACAACACCGGAGCCAGGAUCAUCUUCCCCACAGCAGAUGACCCAGACCAGGAGCUCAUCACGGUGGUGGGCACAGAGGAGGCCGUGGCCGAGGCCCAGAAGGAGCUGGAGAAACUGAUCCAGAGUCUGGACAAUGUUGUUGAGGACACGAUGAACGUGGACCCCAAGCACCACCGCUACUUUGUGGCACGGCGUGGUCAGGUGCUGAGAGACAUCGCUGACGAGUACGGUGGAGUAAUGGUGAGCUUCCCUCGCACCGGUGCCCAGAGCGACAAGGUCACACUGAAGGGGGCUAAAGACUGCGUGGAAGCAGCCAAGAAGCGCAUGCUGGAGAUGGUCGAGGAUCUGGAUGCUCAGGUUACCAUGGAGUGUGUGAUCGCUCAGAAGUUCCACCGCUCCAUCAUGGGGCCCAAGGGCUCCCGGAUCCAGCAGAUCACCAGAGAUCAUAGCGUUCAGAUCAAGUUCCCAGAGAGGGAGGACCCCCAAGCUGCCCCCCCCGCCGAGGCCCCAGCCCAGGAGAACGGGGACACCGUGGAGGUGAGGGAGCCAGUGGAUCCUGCAGCCCCCAAGAAGUGUGACGUGAUCGUCCUGUCUGGACGCAAGGAGCGAUGUGAGGCUGCUGUAGAGGCCCUCAAGGCUUUGGUCCCUGUCACCAUUGAGGUGGAAGUGCCUUUUGAGCUUCACCGCUACAUCAUCGGGCAGAAAGGAAGUGGAAUCCGUAAGAUGAUGGAUGAAUUUGAGGUGAAUAUUCAAGUGCCUGCUCCUGACCUGCAGUGUGAUGUGAUCACCAUCACGGGCCUGUCCACUCACCUGGACCGGGCCAAGCACGGCCUCCUGGAGCGCGUCAAGGAGCUGCAGGCUGAGCAGGAGGACCGGGCUCUCAGGAGCUUCAAGCUGACCAUCACUGUGGACCCCAAGUAUCACCCUAAGAUCAUCGGCCGUAAGGGUGCCAUCAUCACCAACAUCCGCACCGAGCAUGACGUGAACAUCCAGUUCCCGGAGAAGAAUGAUGAGAACCAGGACCAGAUCACCAUCACCGGCUACGAGCACAGGGCCACCGCAGCCCGCGACGCCAUCCAAAGCCUCGUGGACGACCUCGAGGAGAUGGUGUCUGAGGACAUCACGCUGGACAGCAGGGUCCACGCACGCAUCAUCGGCGCCCGGGGCAAGGGCAUCCGCAAGAUCAUGGACGAGUUCAAGGUGGAUCUGAGGUUCCCCCAGAGCGGGGCAGCUGACCCCAACCUGGUGACCGUCACGGGCCGCCCAGAGCUGGUGGACGAGGCUAUCGACCACCUCCUCAACCUGGAGGAGGAAUACAUGGCGGACGUGGUGGAGAACGAGUCCAAGAUGGCGUACAUGAGGCCCCCUGUGGGCGGGGCGGGGUCCAUGGAUGAGCCCCGUGGCCCGUCCAAGGGCUUUGUGGUGAGAGAGGCUCCCUGGACCACCGGCAGUGAGAAGGCUCCAGACAUGAGCAGCUCAGAGGAUUUCCCCAGCUUUGGUGCUCCCGUGGCAACCAAGGCCUCCCCGUGGGGUCCCAAACGCUUCUGAACAUCACUGCUGCAGCUCAGCCUCCUCCGGCUCCAUCUUCCCUUCUCCGGCCCCUCCUGACCUGGACUGAUCGCUGACACUGACCCCACAACAAGUCAACUCUUCAGUUACGAAAUGAUUUCAUUCUUCUCUGUGUCUCUACUCAACCUGGUCUGCCUUUGUAGAUUGAUGGUGAAGUCUGAAGUGCUUUCGACUGUAUUUGACAUAUGAGCUUUGUAUCUGCAUCAAGUAUUGUCUUCUGCAAAGAAAAAAAAAAGAAACUACAAUUAUGAAGAAAAAACUAAAA